AUUACAAAGCCGUAAAAGCUGAUGAUGCAGUGGCAAAAAGAGAAAACAGAGUGACCAAGUGAAAGAGAAGAAGAAAGCAGUUAAACGGAAAAAGACCACCGCACAAGCUGCAAAGUGCCUCAGCUGUGGACAAGAUGGCCAUACCACUGCUCGUUCGCCGCAAUGCCUCAAACACACGCCUUCAAAAGAAGAACUCAUUUCAUCUGUUCUUGGUGAUGAUGCUACUGUAUUCACAAGAAAGCUUCCCAUCGACAGUGCGGUGUUACCAACCUUCCGCGAGAAAUUCAGAGAAAGAGUCAUUUCGUGCUGCAAUGACAUUAGGGCUAUUGUGUUUCGUUCGCAACUAUUUGUUAACGCUUAUCUCAUCCAUAAUAAGAAAGACACACCAAAAGAAAUUUUCACCCAAUAGUUCUGGUAUUCGGUUGGACAACUUGUAACAGGUAAAACAGUAACCAACAAGAAAGCAAUAAAUGAUUCCAUGAAAAACUUCUAUAAGCAGUUCAAAGAGAAGCAUCCAGCUGUCGAAGUAAGUUAUAGCUUCACCAAAGGCUAUAGCCAAUGCUUGACAGAAGCUUGUAAAGAGCUCAGUACCACAUAUACAAACAGCAUUGUUGAGCUUUUUGAGCAGCGAAUGCUCAAAUAUCUAUACUAUACCUUGCAGAAUAUGUUCCCGGUAAGGAAUAACUUUACAUUAAACCAAACAGCAGCAAACUCAAUAUUCUUUUCUCUUUAGAGCAUGGUAAAGCGCGAUGUUGACGAAAUCGCAACAAAAUAC